ACCAAUAUGGCGGAGGCUUCCUUUGGGGGUACGAGCCCAGUUGGCUCUUUGUCUUCAGAAGAUCAUGACUUUGAUCCAACGGCUGAGAUGUUAGUCCAUGAUUACGAUGAUGAGCGAACUCUUGAGGAGGAGGAGAUGCAGGAAGGAGGGACAAGUGUUCGAGCUGAAAUAGCAGAUCUGGAGAAGGAGGGCAACAUGCCGCUGGAGGAGUUGCUGGCUAUGUAUAGAUAUGAGGAAUCUGUUAGCACUACUGGAGGCUCAAGUGUGGACGGAUCCUCUGUUGAACUUACAGAUGAGCUACCUGAUAUGACAUUGGAUAAGGAGGAAAUAGCAAAAGAUCUUCUGUCAGGGGAUGAUGAAGAGACGCAGUCGUCAGCCGAUGACCUCACACCCUCUGUGACUUCCCAUGAAACCAGUGAUUUCUUUCCCAGAACACUGCGCUGUAACAAAGCUAUUUAUGAUGGAGACAAGGAAUCUGAGUGUGAGGAAGAUGGUCUAUCUCCUGAGGAUUCAAGGAAGGAAAUCAUGGUCGGGUCCCAGUAUCAAGCGGAGAUCCCUGCCCUUGUUGGUAACUACAAGGACAAUGAAAAAGUGUAUGAGAAUGAAGACCAGUUGCUAUGGCAACCUGACGCCCUCCCGGAGCAGAGGGUGAAAGACUUCCUGCGUCACACUUCGUCCCAAGUGGUUGAUAUGAAGUUGGUGGCUACACUGGAGAGUGGUCUGGUUCAAGACAACGAGCAGGCAUUGUAUGAGCUUGUGAAGUGUAAUUACAACAUCAGUGAUGCGCUUGAGUGUUAUCGCAAAAAUGAGAAGUCGUCCAAGGGUGAAAUGGCUCCUUGGUCAGAAGAAGAAUGCAGAAACUUUGAACUUGCACUUCUCCUUUAUGAGAAGAAUUUUUACCUCAUCCAGAAACACAAGGUGAAUACAAGGACGGUUGCUGAAUGUGUUGCUUUCUACUACAUGUGGAAAAAGUCAGAGCGAUUUGACUUCUUUGUCCAACAAAACCGGUUUGGGAAAAAGAAGUUCAGCAGCUACCCUGGCGUAACGGACUUGAUGGACAGGUUGGUCGAUGAGGCUGAAGGCUUGGUGGUUGAUAGCUCGGCCUCUGUGUGCUCCAGCAGCAGUGGAGGAGGUCGGAUGGAGCCCUCGACAGAGCAGCAGCUUAACCUCCUCAACUCUAUCACGGCCAGUGAUUUCUCUGCAUUGACCAGCAGUGUGGCAUCAGUGUGUAAUCCUCCAGACGUGGGCUGCUUGGACUCCUAUAGCUUUACCCCCUUAGACGGACUCCACAGGGGCUCCUUGAGCCAUGAGGAGUCCCUGGGCUUCACCCCCAGCCAAGUAGGAGAUCCUAACUGCCUCAAUCUGCUGGACACUGGAUUCUACCAUGCCGAUCUGGGCCAGCUGCCGUCCUGCACAGAUGACUGUGAACGAGCCCCAAAGCGGCUCAAAAUGAGCCUGCCCGAGCCAUUCAAUGAGGCCUCCGCGGGGCUGGACUACGAAGCCCGCCAGCAUCAUAUCACGAGUGCCAAGAUGGCGGUUUCUGUGACAGACUUUAGCAGCCUUUCAACCAACAGCUACAUGGGAGCCUGCACCCACGGCCAUACACACACAUUACACCAGCACCAACAGCACACCGCCCUACAGUCAGACUGACUGGUCGCUAAGUAACCAUGUCUCUAGGUAACCGAGCCUAUCAUCAAGUGUGUGUGUGUAUAUAUAUUUGUUCAUUGGAGAUUAUAUUUAUUGUGUCCUAUAUGUGUAUCUACUUUUUUUUUUACUAUGACAUCAGUGAUGUCUUGUAUAGAAGAAAAAAAGAUCUUGGUUUCUCAAGAGUUGAAUAGCCAUUUAUUUUUCAGUCUGAAUUUGGGAAGUGUUGCAUCCAGUCACAUCUGUACACUGGCAAUUUAUUUUUAUUUUUUUUAGGGUCCAUUACACAUUAGUCUUACUAGCAUAUUGGGAACUCACCACUACAUCGACUGGUUUUCUCUUUUUUUCUUUGCUCUACGAGUAGCUCUUUUCCCAAUGGUAUUUCCCCGGAGUUCACAGGUACUCAAGACCUGGCCCAUGGAUGUAGCGUUUUCUACUAGGGAUUUGACGUUUUAUAUGUUUUGGACAGAUAUUACUAGUCCUCCAUGUGCGAAAGACUUUGGCCAAAUUCAGCCUCUGUAUACUGUAAAAUUGGAGCACUUCAGAUACUGUAAUGGGAAAUAAUAUUCUCUGUUUUUAAUACUUUUUCCAGAAUUUCAUGAGCUGGAAAUAUUAAUCACUGUUUAGCACCUCUCUCUUAGUGAUCUCACAGCUAUGCCACUUUUGUGUUUAUUCUAAACAAUUUAUCCAUGUCAACAUUGCUUGUCAAUUGUCAAUGUGAAAUUUGGACUUUGUUCAUUUGACUUCCGAAAUGUGGAAAAUGUACUUUAGUUAUUGUGAGUAAGGUGUGUAAAAUGAAUAUCCAAUGAGGCUUCUACAAAUAUUUGUUCAAUCUUUAGCGUUGAAUGAAUAAGGAAAGAUAUUCAGUACAAAUGACAUGGUAUGAAUGUUCUCCUGUGAGACAAAUUUUUUGGUUUAUUUAAAUUGUAUAUUUACUCAAUGUUAGUUGGCUGUCUUGGUGGGUGUUUAUUACCAAAACAUCAGAUUAACAGUGACCAUUAUUCUUGUUCAUCUGGAAAUGCAUUGUUUAGCGGAACUGGGCACAUUCAGUGGUUUUAGUUUGAAACACUAGAGGAAGUGUAUUCAACUCAUACCCUUCAAGGUACGGAGCCUGGUGAUUUUUCUGUAUUACCCGAAAGUUGCACAUCUGAUUUCCCCUGUCUGCAUUUUCCCCUGAAUUAUGGGUAGAGAUGAAGGGAGAAAAAAAAUAAGCUGUGGAACUGGCUUUGAAGUUGAGUUUGGCAGCAUGAUUACAGUUUGGUUUGACAUGAUAGCUAUUUAAAUUAAGCGAUAUAUCAAGCAAAAUUGUAUUGGAAAGGCACAUGGAUCAAAUAUGCGGCUUUGCUGCUAUCAAUGUUAAUCUUUUACUCCUCUUUACCCGUUGAGUACCCAGUAUGCCGGUUGUCCAGCAUCGAUUGCAACACUUUAUCUAUGCAUCAUUUUAAUCUGCCUGGAAAGAAUGCCUGAUUGUCAGAUCAACACUAGUUACUCUGAGGCAAUGAGUUUAGUUACUGUGUUACAGUGGUAUUAAAGUCAGACAUUUGGGUGCUGGUUGUGAAGUUGUGGGGUAGUAGGUAGAUUAGUGGUUAGAGAAUCUUACAAUUAACCAAAGCCAGCAAAGUGAAAAAUCUUUUGUACAGUCUUUGAACAGUACCAGUGACCAUAUUUGUUCCAAAAAUCACACGGGAUAAGACGUCUGCUGAAUGACAAAUGUUUAACCCCCCCCCCCCCCCAAAGCUCUCUUGGAAGUCGAAUGUACUGUGUUGCUUAUAUUUUACAAGGCAAUAAUUUGUAAAUAUGUACAGAUAUUGGUUAACUUUCCUCCGUGGAAUUGUAAUACUCCAGUCUAGUCUUAAACUUAAGCCACAGAAAUACCCACUAACCCUCUUAUGUAUUUUCUUUGGCAUUUCUUGUAGAAUUUUAUUUAUUUAUUUAUUCAUUGAAUAGCUUCUGAUAGAGCUGUACAAUGCUCAGACUGGACUUGGUCAUUUCACAUCAGAAAAACAACUAGCAGUGUAUGCAAUAAGUCCUUAAGGAGCUAGCUAUGGAAUUAUGGCAGUUGUUGUAUGCAGUAUUAAAGUAUACCUUGUGUAAGUAUACUUUGCUUGUCUAUUGAACGUGGUUAGGAAAGCAUAUGUUGCUAAGAAUGUUAGUGCUUGGUAUGACAGAAUGCAGGAAAUGUUUGUUCCAGCUAAAUGUUCUACCUUUCUAGAAUUACAACUUGUUGCUGUGUUGGUUGAUAAUGUGAAGGGUAUUGAAAGCAUAUUUACAAUAUUUCGUAAUACAUUUGUAUAAAAUUACUCAACUCUCCAUCUUUAAUUUUGACUUAAAGGAGUGUUAGGUAAUGAAAAUGUAACAUGCUCUUGGGCUCAGAAUUACCUUGUUUUAAUUUGGAGUAACUGGCCACACCCAAAAUUAUUAAUUGCAGACCGUUACUACAAAUUACAUUUUGGCAUAUUUGAACCUUCGAGAGAUUUGUCAUUGAGAGAUUUAAUGGCAAAUAUGCUGAUAACAAGAAAUUGAAUGUCACAAGCAAAAAUAAGGGUGAACUAACAAACAUUGACUACAGUCCAUUGAAUUCAAGUCUUGCUUUUCCUUGAUGUAGUUACUUGAAGUAAAGUGGGGUGAAAGUUUGUACAGUGUUGAUAUAAAAGAAAAUGAUUGAAAAACAUUUUCAUACUGAGAUUGUUUGGUGGAAUUAAGGUCCUACGUGUUUUCCCAAACACCUAAGCAGAAGGUGGGUCCUAUUAUGCAAGAUCAUUUUGACCCCCACAUUGAACUUAAAAUAUACUUAAAUGCAUUAGUAUAAAAUGUGUUCCCAACUUUUGAGCAUAGCAAUUAUUUUUUAAACUAAUAUCAACUUUAACCUCUCAACAUUGUACAGACACUCACCUCACUAUAUUUAUUAAAAAAAAAAAUUACAUAAAAAAAAACAUCAUCAUACAAUUGGGUAGGGUUGUGCAAUUAUUUUUGCCAUAAACUCUGAGGAACUCAGUAAUUUAUAUACAGUGUAUUCAAGUUUGUAUGUAAAGUAUAGGUUUAAGAGGUGUAUGCAGUGGUUUCCACUUAUGCCCAUGUGUACAUUGGAACCCAUCCAUGGGUCUUGUACAGAAAAAAUUAGACCUUGUAAUAUUUGACACUUCUGUUGAGAAAACUGUUACCACAGUGUAGUUUUUGAUAGUUCAUUUGGGGUUAACUGACUGUAGUAUAGACAAUCAAGACAGGAUUCAUUAUAAUUAUUCAAAAGAAAAGUUUAUUGUCAAUCUGUAUAUAGUCUUUUUGUUGACUUUUGUUUCAGUCCAAAAUGGGGUGUUAAAAUGCAGAAAUAAAUGAAAAUGUUCUUAUGAA